UCUAACCUGCGCAAGACACCAGAAAGAACCAUCAGAUCAGCUGGCUUACAAAACCAGCAAAACCCAGAGAAAAAUAACUGAAUCUGGCCAAUAAAAAGCCAAUGAUCAAUAACCGCAACAGAAAUUGACAUGAUGGAAAAAUCAAGCAGUCAAUAUGACUCCUUCCUCUUCUGGAGGCAGCCGAUCCCAUCCCUGGACCUGUCUGAGCUGGAGGACCUCGGUGUGACGAACAGUCAGCCAGCGAGCAGCAGCAAAACAAAAGAAAAGACCUCCCAGCGCUGGAAUCAGGACAAUGAGGGCGAGUUGUCAGAGUUUUCCUCAUUCAAUUACUGGAGAGCUCCCAUAGCUGACGUGGGUUCUCUGCUGGCUGACCUGAACCUGCUGCUCUGAAACAGCAGACCCCAGAGCAGCCCACACCGUGCCGUCCCAGAGCAGCCCACACCGUGCCAUCCCAGAGCAGCCCACACCGUGCCAUCCCAGAGCAGCCCACACCGUCAACAUCACCUGACCCCGGACCAUCACUAUACCUGAUUUCAGAUCAGUCCAACAUCAUCACGCCCCACAAUGUCAUUUGUCCAGAUCAGUCCAACUUCAUUUGACGUUUCACAUCUGACAUGACUGAUGCUGGAUCUCUGGUCUUCAACUGUCUUGGUUUCCAAAAACAAGGCAUGAAGCAGAUAUACUGCAGAUAUACUGCAGUGUUAUGCAUAAUGGAUUGGAUAAAGUAAGUGAUCCAAGAUCAUGUCACCUGAAGUUAGAAUGAAGGUGUGAAUCUGGUUUAUAGAACUGUUGUUCACUUUUUUAGUGUGAUAAUUUGACAGUUUUUAAACCUGAUCACAGAUUGUUUAUGGUGGAAAGAAGAGAUAAAAAAAAUUGAUUCUGCUUAGACUGGGUGUUGAAAUCAUCUUGAGUUGACAAUUUUACACAAUCAGUGCAUCACAUAAGUUAUUGAUGAUCAAAGCAGUUUUUAUCAUAUCAUUGAAGUUUGAGUGCCAGAUCUUUUUUUUUUCUAGCUUCAUGUAUUAAUUACAGUGGAAAUAGUGACAAGAUGCCACUGAGUUUUGGAUUAAAGGAAAGGAGUGUCCUAAUCCUGUCCCAGUAGUUUGUUGAACAGUAUCCAUCUGCAAUGAAAUAAAAGUUUCACACAUUG